AAAAAUAAUUGUUGUCGCCACGAGAUGAAGACUCGCGGAUGAAAGAGCAGAAGUCGUAGACAACAUUUGUUUCUGUGGAUGAAAAGCAUGACUCGAGAAGUUAUAUCAAGGCGACAGCUUUUCUUCUCUUCUCUUCCACUGAUUACAUUUAUAUCAACAAAAAGGUUCGUGAACUACGUGGAAAUGGACGCGAAUGAGGCGAUGGAUAAAUCAGAUGAAAUGCAACGCGAUGCUGAAGAUCGCUACUUUGCUGAAUAAGUAAGUUAUAAAAGCUUGAUGGCAUAUAUCGUUCUUAGCAAUAUUAUUUUUGUUUAUGCUCUAUAAUUCUGCAAAUUUCGAUAUAUUUUCUCUUGUGCGCAGAUUCAUAUCCAAGCCUAGACAGAAAUAUCAUGAAACAUCUCAAGUGGUGUCCCCCGAACGCCUUGACAUGUGGAUUUUUCAUACUUAUUCCUGUCAGCAAGUGUCAAUGAAAUUCGGCAUGAAGUGUGCGAUACCAGCUAGUUCAUACUGACAGUAGAUGUUUUGAUCUUCUCGCUCUGAUUGUAAUGGGAGAUAUGAUAGUUUUAGGUGAUCAAACUUGGAGCGGAAGUCGCUACAUCAGCUCCUUGAUCUGAAC